AUGGGGGCGCGCGGGCACCUCCUCCUGGUCGCCCUCUGCCUCCUCGGCGCCGGCGCGGCCCCGCCAGCGCAGCAGCCGCCACCGCCGCCGCCCCCGAGGCCGACGCCGUUCGGGCGCACCAUGUCGACGGUCAUCACGGUGGCGAUCAGCGUCUUCUUCUUCCUUCUCUUCUUCUGCGCCUACAUCAACCAGUGCCGCCUGGCUGGCGAGGGCGGCGCGAUGCUGGGCCACAACGUCCCGGUGGGAGGAGGCCCGUCGAGGAGGGGCAAGCGCGGGCUGGACCCGGCGGUGGUGGCCACGUUCCCGAUCGUGCCGUACCGGGAGGUCAGGGAGCACAAGAUCGGGCGGGGCGAGCUGGAGUGCGCCGUGUGCCUCACGGCGUUCGAGGAGGCCGACGACCUCCGCCUGCUCCCGCACUGCUCCCACGUCUUCCACCCCGAGUGCAUCGACCCCUGGCUCGAGACGCGGGUCACCUGCCCGCUCUGCCGCGCCAACCUCGAGAAGCCUCCGCCGCCGCCGCUACCGGCCGCAAUUGCGCCCCCGUCGCCCGAGCCGACGACGCCACGGACUCCGAUCCGGUCGCCGCCGCACGCAGUGGCGAUAGCGGUGCCGCCGGCGCAGCAGGAAGAGGGGGAGGAGAGCGACGAGGACGAUAGGAAGGAGGAGAGCGACGAGGACGAUAGGAAGGAGGAGGCGAUGGAGCUGGAGACGCUGCGCAGCGAGCGGCGGGCGGCGCGGCUGCCGAGGUCCAACUCCACGGGACACUCGCGCUUCGCGGCGUCCGCCGAGGCCGCCGCGCGGAGCGACCACGAGAGGUUCACGCUGCGGCUGCCGCACCACGUGCGGGAGCAGGUGCUCACGGCGCGCCGCCUGCGCCACGCCACCAGCCUCAUCGACAUCUCCGGCAUGAGCCCCGACGGGAGCUCGCGCGGAGGACGGCGCGCCGGGCCCGGGGGCAGCAGCUUCGGCAACCCAGGAACCGGAACCGGCGGCGGUGGCGGCAGCAGCCACGGCGGGCGGCGGUGGCAGGGGUUCCUGGCCAGGACCAUGUCGUGGGCCCGCGGGGGAGGCGACGGGUCCGUGCGGAAGGGCUGGGACGGCUCCACCAGGAGGGGAAGGGAUGACGCCGAGUCGAGCCGGAAAGGGGCCGCCUCACCCUCGCCGGCGGCGGCGCGGCCGUGA